AUGAGGACAAUACAACUUGGAUUUGACAAAGUCCAAGAGUCUUUGUGCGACUGCAAACCGCCGUGCGAGAACGUCGUCUACGCGCCGAGCUUCUCCUACCUCAAAGCAUCAGACUUCGACGUGGACAAACUCCUCGACGUCGAAACCAGGAAGAAGCUCUCGAAGAAGUUGAUAGCUGCGCACGACACGUUGAGAGCGACGGAGGAGGAUAUGAAACAGAAAGAUGAUGAACUUCUCAGCAAAUUCAUCGAAGGCACGCGCAGGUUGCACACCCUCAUUUUCUUGAUUUUACCCGAUCUGCGCAAGCGCCAGAAGGAAUUUACCGAAUUCGUUGAAGCGGGGAUAAAGAGCGCCUACCGAGGUAUCAUAUCUAUUUAUGAAUUCCAGUUAUUCGUCGUGAGGAAGAACUUUUAUCGUUUUAUCGAAUAUAGCGAUGAAAUGUAUUUCAAGGAAGUUUCGGCGGGGUAUUUAAAUUUUUUGACGAAGUACUUAGAGCGGUUGGAAAGAAUGAUAUGGCUUGAAAGUCAACCUGAUGCAGACAUUCGCCGGAAGGUCAUCUUGGAUUCGAUAGAAACGACCUUGAAUGCGAAAAACGAGCUCAUAGACUACGGCUACGAUGCUUUGAAGAAGUGUAUCGAGAGUUACAGAACUGGGGAAGUAAAAGUAUCUCCGCCUUAUCUGCUUAAGGAUUUUGAUGAGAUGGCUCAUGAAUUGAUUGUACCGAAACAUCGGUUGAAACAUGCAGUGACGUACGGGGUCUCUGGACUCGAGUACAGUUAA